GGGGGCACGGAAACGUGUUUGGAGGACGACAAAUGUUCGAGACCCGCGGCCGGUGCCCCCAGACCCGACGGGGAGGGACACGCGCAGAGCAGUGAUGGGACAGUUUUCGGGAGGAUGCUACCUGAGUUUUGGCAUCCUCGUGCUUCUCGGUUCGCGAGUCCCGGCCACGUCGGCGCGAGGUCCCCGAGGGGAAGCCCUGCAGCAUGGCCAGUCUGGGACGCUGCCUCGCUUCCUGGAGGAGCCUAUUGACGCGUACAUCGUCAAGAGCAACCCCAUCAAGCUCCGGUGUCAAGCUCGGCCUGCUCUCCAGAUCUUCUUCAAGUGCAACGGCGAAUGGGUCCACCAGAGCCAGCACAUGUCCCAGGAGCACACCGACCUCACCACAGGGCUGAAGAUCCGCGAGGUGAUGAUCAACGUCUCGCGUCAGCAGGUGGAGGACUUCCACGGCCCCGAGGACUACUGGUGCCUGUGCGUCGCCUGGAGCCACCUGGGAACCUCCAAGAGCCGCAAGGCGACUGUCCGGAUCGCAUACCUGAGGAAGAACUUUGAGCAGGACCCCCAAGGCACCGAGGUGCCUCUGAAUGGCAUGAUUGUGCUGCACUGCCGUCCCCCAGAGGGAGUGCCCGUGGCUGAGGUGGAAUGGCUGAAAAAUGAAGAGCCUCUCAGCUCAGAAGGUGUCACUGAUAGAAGAGGUGACCAUAAUCUCAUCAUCUCUGAAUCCCGCCUGUCUGAUUCUGGAAACUAUACCUGCGUCGCCAGCAACAUUGUGGCCAAGAGACGCAGUGCCACAGCCAGUGUUGUAGUCUAUGUGAACGGAGGCUGGUCGUCGUGGACAGACUGGUCUCCCUGUAAUGUACGCUGUGGUCGCGGCGUGCAGAAACGGUCUCGCACUUGCACGAACCCAGCUCCUCUCAACGGGGGAGCCUUCUGUGAGGGCAUGUCGGUACAGAAGAGCACCUGCAACACACUGUGUCCAGUGGAUGGCAGCUGGGGAGAGUGGAGCGAGUGGUCGGCGUGCAGUGCAGACUGUGAGAGGCAGCGCAGCAGAGAGUGUACAGCCCCGGAGCCCAAGCACGGGGGACGGCUAUGUGACGGGGUGGCGCUGGCUACUGACAACUGCACCGGCGGCCUCUGCACACAGAAUCGGAAGUUGCUGCACGAUGCCAAGCCGCAGGGUGUGGAGAACAGCAGCGACGUGGCCUUGUAUUCAGGCCUCGCCGCGGGGGUGGUGACGGUGGUGCUUCUGAUCAUCGCUGUCACUCUUUACCGACGGAGCCAGAGCGAGUACGGCGUCGAUGUCAUCGACUCCUCCGCCCUCACUGGUGGCUUCCAGUCCUUCAGCUUCAAGACGUCUCGUCAAGCAAACCCCCUGCUUAUUAAUUCAUCCAUGCAACCUGAUCUGACAGUGUCGCGUACCUACACCAGCCCCAUGUGUUUCCAGGACUCCAUUGACAAGGAGCUGAUGGCAGAGCGCUCACUUCUUGACCCGCUGCCUGAUCUCAAGGUCAAAGGGGUGGCAGAGAGGGCAGAGUACCAUGUCAUGUCGCACCCUCAGACAUUUCCACGGGGCCUGGCUCCAGACUACAGAGCAGUGGGGACGACGCUGGGCAGAAGAGGCAAAAACCUCUUCACUCCGCAAGUCUCUCUGCCUCCCAGCAGGCCUCUCCACAAAGCAACUGCAGUGUUUGGUCAUGCUGGAGGGAGGCUGGUGGUACCAAACACAGGUAUCAGUCUGUUGGUGCCUCAUGGGGGGAUCACAGAAGACACUACCUGGGAAAUGUACAUGAUCAUCAACCAGGAGGACAGCAGCACUGUGUCCGAGGAGGGGCCAGAGAUCUUUUUGAGUCCUGCGGUCACAUACGGCCCGCCGGGCCUCGACUUGUCCUGUCCUAUAGCCAUGACCGUAGCCCAUUGCGCGGAGGUUGCUGCUGAUAAUUGGACCAUUCGGCUAAGGAGACAAACGCAGGACAACAAGUGGGAGGAAGUGAUGUCAGUGGAUGAGGAGAGCACGUCCUGCUACUGUCUGCUGGAGGCCCAGAGGUGCCAUGUGCUGCUGGAGCAUCCGGGUCGCUACGCCCUGGUGGGGGAGCCGCUGAACCAGGAGGCGGCCAAGCGGCUGAGGUUGGCUGUGUUUGGCAGUCCGGACACCAGCAACUCUCUGGGUUUCACCCUCAGGGUCUACUGUGUGGACGACACGCCGCAUGCGUUUCAGGAGGUGGCAGUGGGCGAGCACAGCAGGGGCGGGCGGCUGCUGGAGGAGCCUAAAAUGAUGCUGUUCCGGGGAAACACUUUCAGCCUCCAGGUGUCCAUCCAGGACGUCCCACAGUUACUCUGGAGCAUCAAGCCUUUCACCACCUGCCAGGAGUUCUCCUUUUCUCAGGUGUGGGCCAGUAACCAGCGUCCCCUGCAGUGUGCCUUCUCUCUGGAGCGAUACAGCCACUCCUCGUCUCAGCUCUCCUGCAAGAUCAGCGUCCGACAGGUCAAAGGCGAGGAGCAGAUACUACAGGUGUACACGUCUGUGGUGGAGAAUGAAAAGGGAGUGGUUCCCUUUUUCACUCAGUCAGACUGUACCAUCACCUCUCAGACAGGGUCAAGGGCCUUUAAAAUCCCCCUGUCCAUCCGUCAGCGGAUCAGCGCCACCUUUGACACCGCUAAUGCCAAGGGGAAGGACUGGCAGCUCUUGGCUCAAAAGCUCCACAUUGACAGGAACCUGUGCUACUUUGCAUGUCAGGAGAGCCCAUCAUCAGUGAUUCUGAGUCUAUGGGAAGUCCAGCACCAGGACUCUGGGGACCUGGACUCUCUGGCCAGUGCCCUUGAGGAAAUCAGCAAGGUCCAGUGCCCGAGGACCGCCACUCUUGGCUGCAGCAGAGAAGAGCGGGACUCAGAAUUCACUAAACUUGGGUAGGCCAGUCAGGUCAGGUACAGCAGAUGAAAUAAUGAUGAACCUUUACUGCAUGAACACUGAUGAUCAGGUGUACUAGCUAAGCUCCGGUGAGGAGGAGGAGGACAAGCAAACAGGGCAGCAGGGAAACUCAGUUUUGAACUAUUACUAAAGGAACAGCUCUGCUAAACCAAAUAGCACACACAGACGGGAAUCAAGGAACAACCAGGACAGAGGAAUGAGUGGGAAACAAGCAGAGGGACUUGAGUAUUUGUGUUAUUGAGAGGCACCAAUAAAACAUUUUAGAAAGACCCAUCUUUGAUUUAGAAAUGUCAACUUCUGACACUUCUGAAAAUGGAUCCGAUCACCUGUACCAAGGAUUAUGAAGAUCUGUGUGAAGAGGAUUCUCCGCGUGGGAUGGACUGCCAGUCAAGCUGGUGUUGUGACCUUCCCGGGAUGGGAUGCGCUGGCACUUGCCCUCAAACAGUCUGUCAAAAUGUUCGUUGUAACGUCAUUAUGUUGUCAUUCAUUUUUCGAGAUCUCCUAAUGCUUCUUUUUCUUUUCUGCACCGUGUGUCUAAUGUUACUGCUGCAGACAGAUGAGCAGACAGAAAGGGACCAACAGUGGAUAUUAAUUUUGUCAGAACUUUUGGUCCAUACUAUGUGGUCAUAGGCUACACUUAGCAUUUAAAAAGAUCUGAUGUUGUCCGUGUGUUAAAAACAUGUAGGGAUGCAUGAGUGAUGGCUUUUACUGUGCUUAAUUGGUAUGGAACACAUGGAUAACAAUCAUUUCCAACCCCACAAGCAGAACACAGUGUGAAAGCAAAGUUGCGCCAUUGUGCAAUGCAAAGCACCUGGUGCAUAAUGUCUAAUGAUCAGAGGAAAAGUAUUGUCUUGCUCUAUGAUAUGAUAGGAUCUGACUUCAUAUCACACAGACCGUGGGAACAUUAUAUACACUGCAAAUUGGUGGUGCGGUUAAAUGGUGCGUACUUUCAAGACCCUCUGGGACUUUUUUUCUUGGAUUUUGAAUUUAAAUUUUGACUUUUGAUGUGUGGCUUGACUGGAGCCACCUUUUUAUGGAUCAUCUGGAUCUGGACAUAGUUGUUUGGAGACACUUACACUCCCACUCCUGUGGCUUUUCCUCCCAGGC